AUGCCAGCUUCAUUGCGUCUCGAAAUAUUCCCAUCCAAUCUUCAACAGAUGAUUGACUUCUAUUGCACCAUCCUCAAUUUUGCGUUGAUCAAGCGGAAUGGCGACUACGCCUACCUUGGGCGCGACAACAUCUUCAUCGGCGCCAUCGAGACUGGUUCGACCGAGUCCCUUGAAGAGAAAGCAAGCUACCGUCGCCCAACCAAAGGAGUUGAAAUAGUGGUUGAAGUUGACGACUUGGAGAAGGAGAGAGAUCUCAUUGUUGGUAAGGGCUGGAAGCUGGAUGCCGACAUUCAAUGGCAGGAUUGGGGACUGAAGGAUUUCCGCUUGACCGAUCCUGACGGAUCGGGUUCAGCCAUUCACCUGCAGUUCACUAGGUACUACCUGAGGUUCACGACGCACAGUCCGAAUCGCGAUGGGAAAGGUCCAUAA